CCGAGACUUGGCGUGCCUCUCCCGCGCUUUUCAAGCCAGCUCGUGAGAACGCAGGCGAGGCGCGAGCGCAGCGAUGGGCUACCUGGACCUGCUGCUCGUGGAAAACUUCAAAUCUUGGCGGGGCCGCCAGGUUAUCGGGCCCUUCAAGAGGUUUACGUGCAUCAUCGGCCCCAACGGCUCCGGAAAAUCUAACGUAAUGGAUGCACUUAGCUUCGUAAUGGGAGAGAAAAUAACUAACCUGAGGGUGAAAAGUAUUCAGGAACUGAUUCAUGGCGCGCAUGUCGGGAAACCUGUUUCUUCCUCUGCAAGCGUAAAAAUUGUGUAUGUGGAGGAGAGCGGAGAAGAGAAAACGUUCGCACGGAUUAUCAGAGGAGGAUGCUCAGAAUUCCGCUUUGGUGAUAACCUUGUGACACGCUCUGCCUACGUGGCGGAGUUGGAGAAGAUAGGCAUCAUAGGCAGAGCGCGGAAUUGCCUCGUGUUUCAAGGGGCUGUGGAGUCGAUUUCCAUGAAAAAACCCAAAGAAAGAACCCAGUUUUUCGAGGCUAUCAGCACUUCAGGAGAGCUUGUGGGAGAGUACGAAGAAAAGAAAAGAAAGUUACAAAAGGCCGAGGAGGAUGCACAAUUCAAUUUUAAUAAGAAGAAAAAUGCAGCCGCAGAGCGCAAGCAUGCAAAAUUAGAGAAAGAAGAGGCAGAGCGUUACCAAAGUCUCCUCGAAGAGCUGAAACUAAACAAGAUACAACUGCAGCUCUUCCAGCUGUAUCAUAAUGAGAAAACAAUUCAUUCCCUGAUCGUCGAGUUAGAGCACGUGAACAGGGAUCUGAGCGCCACAGAAGAGUCGCGGGCUCAUCAUGAAGACAUAGUGAAGGCCAAGAAGAAGGAACAUGGGGUGCUAACUAGGCAGCUGCAACACACAGAGAAGGAACUGAAAUCUCUUGAAACACUUUUAAAUCAGAAAAGGCCUCAGUAUAUUAAAGCCAAAGAAAAUACCUCUCACCACCUCAGGAAAUUGGAGCUGUCUAAGAAAUCAAUAAAGGACUGUGAAGAGCAGUGCUCUAAGCAGGAAGGUGACAUACGAGCCCUGCAGACAGAGGCGGCUGACUUAGACAGUGCGUGGAAGAGCUUCGAAGAGCAGACUAAAGAGUUCUUACACAAAGAGCGAGGCGCUGAGCUGGAAGCCAGUCAGCUGGAUCGUUAUAAGGAACUUAAGGAACAAGUAAGAAAGAAGGUAGCCAUAAUGACUCAACAGCUGGAGAAGCUGCAGUGGCAGCAGAAGGCAGAGAAAGAAAGGCUGGCGCUGGAGAAGAGGCGGCACGGAGAAGUUCAGGGAAAUCUAAAACAAAUAAAAGAACAAAUAGAAGAUCACAAAAAGCGAAUAGAUAAGUUGGAGGAAUAUACAAAGACAUGCAUGGAGUUCUUGGAAGAGAAAAGACAGCAAGAGGAAACCCUGUUGGAUGAAAUCGGAAAAGCAAAAUCAAGAAUGUCUGAAGUUAAUGAAGAAUUGAAUCGUAUUAUGAGUGACCUGCAGAAUGCGGGAAUUGAUAACCACGAGGGCAAGCGUGAGCUCAAGAGAGCAGAGGUGCUGGAGCACCUUAAGAGGCUGUACCCGGAUUCCGUGUUUGGAAGGCUGCUGGAUCUGUGUCACCCCAUUCAUAAGAAGUACCAGCUGGCUGUGACUAAGAUCUUUGGCCGGUACAUGGUUGCCAUCGUAGUAGCCUCUGAAAAGGUGGCAAAAGACUGCAUUCGGUUUCUGAAGGAGGAGCGGGCUGAACCUGAGACCUUCCUCGCUCUGGAUUACCUCGAUAUCAAGCCGAUCAAUGAAAGACUGAGGGAACUUAAGGGCUGUAAGAUGAUGGUUGAUGUCAUAAAGACCCAGUUUCCUCCGCUGAAGAGAGUGAUUCAGUUUGUGUGUGGGAACGGGCUCGUCUGCGAGACGGUGGAAGAAGCGAGGCACACUGCGUUUGGGGGACCCGAAAGACGAAAGACAGUGGCUCUUGAUGGAACACUCUUUUUAAAAUCUGGGGUCGUCUCUGGAGGAUCAAGUGAUUUAAAACACAAGGCUAGAUGCUGGGAUGAAAAAGAGCUAAAGAAUCUAAGAGACCAGAGAAGCAAGCUGGCCCAAGAGCUGAAGGAUUUAAUGAAGACACUCCGCAAGGAAAUAGACCUGAAACAAAUACAGACUCUAGCGCAGGGAACUCACACACGGCUCAGAUACUCACAGAGUGAACUAGACAUCCUGAAAAAGAAGCACCUUGCCGCUGCUUACCGGGAGCAAUCUCAGCUACAGAGUGAGCUACUAAACACUGAAUCUCAGUGUGCUAUGUUAAGUGAAGGAAUCCAAGAACAACAACAAAGAAUUGAAGAAUUUCAAGAAAAGAUAGAUAAGAUAGAAGAUGAAAUCUUCCAUGACUUCUGUGAAGAAAUUGGCCUGGAAAAUAUUCGUGAAUUUGAGAAUAAGCAUGUUAAACAGCAGCAAGAAAUUGAUCAAAAAAGGUUAGAAUUUGAAAAACAAAAAACCCGGCUUAAUAUUCAGCUUGAAUACAGUCGCAAUCUGCUGAAGAAGAGACUGAGUAAGAUCAGUGCAUUAAAAGAAAGUGUCCAGAAAGGUAGAGAAGACACCGACCGCCUGAAGAAGGUGGAAGACGACUGUCUGCGUGUGGUGGAUGAGCUCAUGGCGAAGCAGAAGCAGCUUAAGGAUGUGUUAGUCACACAGAAUUCCAGCGCUGAGAAAGUUCAAACUCAGAUUGAAGAGGAGCGCAAGAAGUUUUUGGCUGUUGAUAGGGAAGUAGGAAAAUUACAAAAGAAAGUUGUGAUAAUUCAGACUUCUCUGGAACAGAGGCGCCUAGAGAAGCAUAACAUGCUGCUGGAUUGCAAAGUUCAGGACAUUGAAAUAAGGCUUCUCUCGGGGUCGCUGGAUGACAUCAUUGAAGUGGAGCUGGGAACUGAAACAGAGAGCACGCAGGCAACAACUGACAUCUACGAGAGAGAGGCCGCUCUGGAAGUGGACUACGGCCCUCUGCGAGAGGACUUGAAGGCUCUGGAGUCAGAGAAGGAGGUGGAGGCCCACCUUGAGCUCCUGGUACAGCAAGUGGCAUCCCAGGAAGACAACUUGCUGAAGACAGCAGCCCCGAACCUGCGCGCCCUGGAGAACUUGAAAAUGGUCAGGGACAAGUUCCAGGAGUCCAUAGAUGCUUUUGAGGCCAGCAGAAAGGAAGCCAGGAUGUGUAGGCAAGAGUUUGAACAGGUGAAAAAAAGAAGAUUCGAUCUUUUCAGCCAGUGCUUUGAGCACGUGUCGGUCUCAAUUGAUCACAUCUACAAGAAGCUCUGCCGAAACAACAGUGCCCAAGCGUUUCUUAGCCCGGAGAACCCUGAGGAGCCUUACCUAGAAGGGAUCAGCUAUAACUGUGUGGCCCCAGGCAAGCGGUUCAUGCCCAUGGACAACCUGUCCGGGGGAGAGAAAUGCGUGGCAGCCCUGGCCCUGCUGCUUGCUGUGCACAGCUUCCGGCCUGCCCCAUUCUUUGUUCUAGAUGAAGUGGAUGCAGCCCUGGACAAUACCAACAUUGGCAAAGUCUCCAGUUACAUCAGAGAGCAGACUCAGGAGCAGUUCCAGAUGAUAAUCAUCUCCCUGAAAGAAGAGCUCUACUCCAGGGCGGAUGCCCUGAUCGGGGUGUACCCAGAGCACGACAGAGGCAUGUGCAGCCGAGUGCUGACCCUGGACCUGCGUCCCUACCCGGACUCUGAAGGCGGACAGGGCGGCAGAGGACACCGAGGGUCCUAGUCGCGGUAGGCCGGGCCGCCAGCAGCCUGGCGGUCGGUCAGAGCCGGCUCCUGUCCUCGGGACCCCUGGGGUCCGGCUCCCCAGCACUCAGCAUUGGUUUUUCUGAAGGCACUGUGUCGUCUUGUUUUGAAAUAAGCUUGUCAUUAAAAUGCUCCACCAUGCAUCCUCUU